ACUGUCACAACACAACACACCAUAGAACUUCUGUCUUUCUCUUUCUCUUUCUAUUUCAAUUUUCUCUCUCUUCUCUUCUCUUCUGUGUGACACUGUUUUUGUUCUUUUGGGAGAGUCUCUGUUUCUGGGACUCUCUGAGGGUUUCAAACAUCAAAGAAAAAAAAUGAGUUGUUUUUGUUUCAAAGCCAAAUCACGAGGAAAGAUCGAAAGCAAUCAUUCUAGCCGUAGUGAGGACCACAGUAAUACCACUUCAGCUGAUAAGGUCAAAGUUGAUUUGAAUUUGAGUGAGUUGAAAGAUAAAAAGGAAGAUGAUUCUAAACAUGAUCAACUUUCCUUGGACGUGAAGAAUUUGAAUUUAAACGACGGGGUUUCACCGGAUGGAAAAGUUGCACAGACAUUUACUUUUGCUGAGCUUGCAGCUGCAACAGAGAAUUUUAGGGCAGAUUGCUUUGUUGGUGAAGGAGGGUUUGGUAAGGUUUAUAAGGGUUACCUCGAGAAAAUUAAUCAGGUUGUUGCAAUAAAGCAACUUGAUCGUAACGGGGUUCAAGGAAUCAGGGAAUUUGUUGUUGAAGUGAUAACACUAGGUUUAGCAGACCACCCAAAUCUUGUCAAGUUAUUAGGGUUUUGUGCGGAAGGCGAGCAAAGACUAUUGGUUUAUGAGUACAUGCCAUUGGGAUCAUUGGAGAACCAUUUGCAUGACCUUUCGCCCGGACAAAAACCACUGGAUUGGAACACAAGAAUGAAAAUAGCUGCUGGUGCAGCCAGGGGUUUGGAGUAUUUGCAUGAUAAAAUGAAGCCUCCUGUUAUAUACCGCGACCUCAAAUGCUCUAACAUUUUGUUAGGUGAGGAUUAUCAUUCCAAGUUGUCUGAUUUUGGCCUGGCAAAAGUAGGUCCAAUCGGUGAUAAGACCCAUGUUUCGACAAGAGUUAUGGGAACAUAUGGGUACUGUGCUCCAGAUUACGCAAUGACAGGUCAGUUGACGUUCAAGUCCGACAUUUAUAGCUUUGGAGUUGCUCUUUUGGAGCUCAUUACAGGCAGAAAGGCCAUCGAUCAUAAAAAACCUGCUAAAGAACAAAAUCUAGUUGCAUGGGCAAGGCCAUUAUUCAGAGACCGAAGAAGAUUCUCUGAAAUGAUAGAUCCAUUGCUUGAAGGUCAAUAUCCAGUGAGGGGUUUGUACCAAGCUCUUGCUAUUGCUGCUAUGUGUGUUCAAGAGCAGCCUAAUAUGCGUCCGGUUAUAGCUGAUGUGGUCACAGCUCUAAAUUACCUAGCUUCACAAAAAUAUGAUCCGCAAAUUCAUCAUAUACAAGGCUCGAGAAAAGGUUCAUCUUCUCCAAGAAGUAGGAGUGAACGUCAUAGACGUGUUACUAGCAAGGACUCUGAGACAGACAGAUUUGGAGAUUAGAUUAAGUGGAGUAGUGUUUGAGACAGACAUUGUAAUUUGCCUAGUUAUCAAAUUUUGCUUUAUAGGAGAUAACAGGUUCCUCUUAAUAUCUCAAGUAUUUCACAGAAAAUUUCUUCCUUGUAGUUCCCUCAUCCUCUUUGUACAUGUGAGAUUACUAUUUUUCAUUAAGGAUUCUAAUUAGGAUUCUUUAUUUUGGCUACUGGUUGUAUUUAGCUUCAGCUACAAGAAAUUACUUUUUGAUCUUGAUGAUAUUAACUGAAGUUCAUUAGCCAUCCUAACUUUAAAUGAAACGGAUGUUGUGAGCUGUCAGUGUUGUUAAAUAGCGGCUACAAUGUAGCGAGAUUUGAACAAAUUGUUAUUGUUUCGCAAUGCAUCAUUCAAUACAAAGUAUUGUCAAA